UCGACUGGUCGUGUAUAGCGAUCGCAGUUUCACCGUGUCGUGCGUUCGGUUCAGUAUUAUCAGGCACCAUCAUCGCGACGCAUCUCUUACUAUACCGGUCCCCGGAUUGGCACGCCGCUAUAGGUGCGUGCGUACGUGCGUAUAUAUGUAUGCAUUCACGCGCCAGGUGCAUCACCAGGCGAUUGUCAGUCGAAUCACGGACGUGCACGAUACUCGCGACAGUCUCGUCGCUCAGUCGUCGCUCGAGAGGUGCACCUAGCAUGGAGAAAUGUCGAGGGACACUGGAAAAGAUUUUUCGACAAGCCCGGAGACCGAGCAGUUAUUAUCUACUGACACGUGCAGAGAUGCAUGUGUAAGAUUUCAGCGAUGGUCGACGGACAAGUCGUAUCUUCAAGGUGACGCUUCGUCAUCAAGAUCAACGCCUCAGGACAAAUCUGUACAGAAUGGGGAAACCUCGAACAAUCCGGGUGCCGUGAUAACGUUAUCCGUAAACAAUGGGGAUAAUGACGAUCCGCCGCCUUAUACGGCGAUUCCGCCGCCUUACAGCGCGAUUACGCUACCAAAUCACACCGGCUGGCCGUAUGGACUCUUUUCGUUCGGCAACACGCAUUCCACGGACGAAACGAAUUCUAGGAUGCAAAUACCAUUAACACCUUUCGAAGCAUCUCUAACACCGGCUACAGAUUUCCAUUCCCAGGGGACUAAUGGUCAGCACGCGUUGAUGCCGUUAACGUCUGAACGAUUCUUCAAGUUGGGUUGCCGUAGAAGUUUAGAAUCGACAUCUUAUGCAGACAACAGAAUUGCGGAGAAAACUAAUGAUAAAAAAUCACGAAGAUACGGCGCUAUUUUUGCGGCAGCGGCGGUUAUCAUCUUUCUUAUGGUUCUAUCCUUGAUGGUUCGUUUAGUUAUGGAAAGGAGUUGGUGGCGAAAAUAACUAAUUAAUUAAAUCAGCGAUUAUUUAUAAAAUAUUCCUCGAUAAAUUGCAUAAUCCAAAAGAGAUUAUUUAUCGACGAAUCUGUGAUUAAAUUUUAGCGUAGUUUUAUUUAACACGAAAUAGAUUUUUGUAUUAUUAUACACUAGCUAUUUCGAACUAAUUUGCACACAUUUUGCAUACUCCCAUUUAUAUUAUUUGUAAAUGACAGAGUUUUAAAGAUUUAUCAAUUUUAAUUAAUACGUUACUUGUGUUUUCAAUAAACUGAACAUGUGGCAUAUAUAAUGUAUGCGCGUCUAUAAUAAAAUAAUGAUUUGAUAAUUGUUUUUGAUUUAUCUUAUCUUAUGUGUAAGCAAUGCCAUUUAUUUAUGCAUCAAAUGUCAGAUUUUAUAUACUUUUAUUACAUAACUUGUACAUUACAUCUCUAUUAAAAAAGCAUGUGACUAAGGUUAUCAUAAUUAAUUUAUCAAUGUUAUCAUAAUUGACACAAUGUUACGCAGAUAUUAGUUAAUGCCUUUCAUUAUCUCAAACGAUAAUAAAGUUCAAAAAAAUGUAUGAGGAUAUAACUAUAAUAAUAAAAUCCAGACUCUCUGAUUGCGACUCUAGA